GCUGGGGAUUACUCUGUUUUAGCCCCGCGCGUUUCUGGCUAUAUUAAUUGGGGAGCAGACAGGUCUCACACAAUCACUGUUCAUUGGCUGCAGUCGCCUCGGGAUGUUUGUCGCACAGGCGGCAGUGAGUGGGUUAAGCAGUAGGCAGUGCUGUGGGGCCUCGGAAUCGAGUGCAGCUGAGUGAGUGGAGCCGCAGCGAGGAGAUCUGGAUAGAGAUGUAACUGAAAGAGAGAUGAGAAGAAGCGCCGAUAAAGCGCACCACUGGCUGCUACAACUCCUCUCCCCGGCGGCUGCCCUUUCACUUACUACAGUCUCUCCUGCUCCAGAGACACUGCUGCCUGUUACUACUGUUACUACUGAGACGCCUCUGCUCCCUGUGUGGCACUGAGAUUCUCUGCGAUUUCCAUAGAAAGCUCUGGGCAGACUUGCCGCUCGCACUGCCUCCCUUGCUCUCAAGCAGCUGCGUCUUCUUAAACCCUCUUGGAGCAAAAAGGCAAAGACAUGGAAAGGGAUUGCUGGUUCCCCACCGACUACUGGGCAUUGCUGCUAAAGGCAAACUGCUAGAGACACAGGACAGGUCCAGUGUCUUCAUUCUGGAUGAAAGUGAAUGGCGGUUUAUUUAACAAGGGGCUCCUGUGAGUGUUUUUAUACCAAGGGCCUUUCUUUGUUGAAAACUGAGCAGUGUCAUUUCCAUUAAAGAGAUGCUUCCCACAAUCCGUGUUCAAGAGCUGAAAGCCAAGGAAAUGAAAGAGAGCUGGGUCAGCUGAUCGGCUUUCAAACCACCUUCAGACUCUCAAUUUUCUCAAAAUGAUCUGUCCAUCAGUGGCGUCUCUAGGGCUCCCCUUUGGAACUGUCAUUGGCAAAGUAAAAUGAGACGGAAACAGCAACAUGAAACUCAUUUGUGAAUGUACAAGCAGAAAUCCAGACUUUUCAUCCAAGGAAAUUUUCAUAUAGCAAAUUAUUUUCUUAUAUGACUUGAAGUUGUUUAUAAUAUGUUUAUGCAAAUUAUUUAGUAUAUAUUGCAUUACUUUGCAUCUAGAAAAAAAAACACAUUUCUGUUUUAAUAUACUAAAUUGGAAUAAAUCGAAGCAACGUUCAGCUGAAUAAAAAAAAUAGAUGAAAUGUACAAGAUAUGGCCAAAAUAAUUGUGAAAUUUCAGCGAUAUUUUCGACGGAAGCCUGUACGAUUUUUUACUUUUAUAAUCCUUUAUUUAACUGCUGGCAGUGUGGUUUUUCUCCAUGCUAGUUUUGAAGGAGAACAAGUUGUAUCAAACAAUGACAGGACCUUAGUAGAAGGCACCAGCCAUGGGCCUGAUGUAAAAGAACUUGGAAUAGCCCCAUUAAGCAGAGUAUUUAAAGAAGCUCCAGAGUCUCCGAGUACACAUAGGAGAUAUGGACCAUGGCUCAAAACCCCUGGGAAAGAACUUCCAGAAAGAAUCAAACAAGGAGAAUUUGGAGGUACAUGGAACAGGGCUUUAAAAGGCCGAAACAUGCGAGAGCAAGAGGAAUGUAGAGCAAAGUAUAUUGGCUGCUACACGGAUGACACGCGGCAACGAGCACUCCGUGGAGUUUCCUUUUUCGACUACAAGAAGAUGACAGUGUUCCGUUGCCAAGACAACUGUGCUGAACGUGGAUACAUGUAUGCUGGACUUGAAUUUGGAGCAGAAUGUUACUGUGGACACAGAAUCAAAGCACUAAACGUCAGCGAGUCAGAAUGUAACAUGGAAUGUAAGGGGGAGAAAGGCAACUUCUGUGGUGGUGUGAAUCGUCUUUCUAUAUAUCGACUGGAGCUAACCCAGGAGUCUGCAAGGAGGUAUGGCAGCGCCAUUUUUCGUGGAUGUUUCCACAGACCAGACAAUUUAUCCUUGGCCCUCCCUGUGAGUAGCAUCAUGAAGAACAUGUCUGUGGACAAGUGUGUUGAUCUCUGCACAGAGAAGGAAUAUCCAUUGGCAGUUCUUGGAGGAACAGUCUGUCACUGUGCCUUCCCCACCACUUAUUUCACACUUCAUGAGCGGGAGGACGAGCAGCUGUGCUCUCAGAAAUGUAUUGUAGAAGAAUUCGAAAGCUGUGGCACAUCGGAUUACUUCAUAGUUUAUCAGACACAAGUACAAGAUAACAGAUGCAUGGACAGAAGAUUUCUACCAGCACGCUCUAAACAGCUUAUAGCCUUGGCAAGCUUUCCUGGGGCAGGAAACACAUGGGCAAGACAUUUAAUUGAACUUGCUACUGGUUUCUACACGGGCAGCUAUUACUUUGAUGGAUCGCUGUAUAACAAAGGUUUUAAGGGAGAAAGAGACCACUGGCGGAAUGGACGCACAGUUUGCAUUAAAACUCAUGAAAGUGGCAGGAAGGAGAUCGAAGACUUUGACUCUGCAGUUUUGAUAAUCCGGAAUCCAUAUAAAGCACUGAUGGCCGAGUUUAACCGGAAAUAUGGGGGACAUGUUGGGUUUGCAUCUCAGGCACACUGGAAAGGAAAAGAAUGGCCUGAAUUUGUAAAUAACUAUGCACCAUGGUGGGCGACCCACACACUAGACUGGUUGAAAUAUGGAAAAAAUGUCUUAGUCAUACAUUUUGAAGACCUCAAAAAAGACCUGUUUAUACAGCUGAAGAGAAUGAUUAACCUUCUGGGCUUACCCAUCCUAGCAGAUCGACUACUGUGUGUUGAAGGCCAAAAAGAUGGGAACUUCAAGCGCUCUGGUCUGAGGAAAUUGGAGUAUGAUCCGUACACAGAGGACAUGAGGAAGAUGAUCAGCAAUUACAUUAGGACAGUAGAUGCAGCUUUGAAACUCAAAAAUCUUACUGGUGUUCCAGAAGACUAUUAUCCCAGAUGAUGUUGCUGGUCAGUUUGAAUAUUUAUCCUGGGAUCUGAUGUCCCAGUUGACAGAUACUUCCACCCAGUGGGUGGUUUUGUUGACUUUCUGCUGCUAUUAACUGCUAAUGGGUUAUGUGCAUGAAACACUGAUCACCAGUUAUUGGUUAGAGCAGUUGACACCACCAGAUACAGGGUGGCAUUAGAAAUACUACAAACUUUCUCUCAAUGCAGGGACCCUGCAUGAUAUUUAGAAAAGCAGUUUGCCAUUAAAACAUGGCUGUUAGAAGAAAUAUAUUUGAGGUAUUUCCCAAAAAGUAUUUUCUACUUAAAGCAUAAAAAGUUCAAGUUAAAACAGCUUUGUUUCUCUUAAUUACAUUCAUCUGGUAUGCAAAACACAAAAAAAAUAGUAAUUUUAGGAAGCCGGGGUUGAACUACAGGUCUUAAUAAAUACAGUUUCAGAAAGCUUUGUCUAUGGAAGAAUGUUGAAAGUUGAAGUCCAACAACACCUGGAGGGCCACACUUUAUAUAAAAAAUAAAUAUUGAAAAUCUUGUAACAUACCUAGAAAUGUAUUUAAAUAAGUUUAUGAGGGGUGGUCCUGAAUACAUUGAGGCUUAUUUAGGGUAUGAAACACCAGUUGUUUUGCGCAGAUCUAUCAUUUUGCACAUCCAUUAUAGUGGCUGUUAAUACAUUACAAUCCACUUUUGGACAGCUUUGUGCAUUAUUUGGGGAAAAAUGUAACCAGAUUGUGUUAGACUGACUGUGGAAGGAUAUAGAGAUAUACUUACCGCUACCUUUCUGCCUUGUAUUAAACUCAGGGCACCAUCAUGUGAAAACCCUGGGUAACUGCACUUUGAUUUAUAUUCAUGGAGUGAAUAGAUAUUUCAAGAAUUAGAAAAAAAUCAAAUGCUGAAAGUAAUGUCAUCACACCUACACAUUUCUGUAAAUGCAAUCCAUACGUUCUGUUCACAUUUGUUCCCUAUAUGCGUGGCUUUGUUACCUGAUGUCUGUCUCAAACUUUUUAAAUUUAAAUUCCACUAACCAGCAGUUACAGACAGUAACUUAUGACCUGAUAUUUGCAAUUCAGGGUGGUGGUGACAUGGUGGAAGUGGAGCAAUGUCCACAUCAUUCCAGAAUCUGAAUUUCUUUUGUUUUUGGUGGUGCAGUCUCAAGAAAUGAUUCUUUUCCAUGGAAAAUCCAUUGGUUUGAGGUCCUAGGAUGACAUGGAUGAUGUUUAGAUGCACCAUAGCAGCGCAAGGUACGCUCCUCAAUCUCCUAAUCACAGUCAUUCUAUUUGUUAUAUGUUUUGGAAUGUUAUGGAAAAACCUGUAUUUAUAAUUUGCAUUGCUAUCACAGUGCACAACAAUUCAAAACUUAGCCUCAAAACCCAUAAAAUUGCCCCAGAUGUACAACAAAAUCAUCCUGAAAAUUGUUUGUUCCAUUAUUGUCAAGUGAUAUACAGUGAUGAGCUUUAUGGGUGGGGGGGUUGGCCCUACCCCCACCUUACUCAAACCAUUUGGCACAAUUGCUUCUCAGGCAGUUUCAGUAUAGGUUAAUGGUAGGGCUGGAGGCUGCACUUUAUGGUUACUUAAAGCAGAAAAGGCUGUUUGUACCAUUACACAUACAUCUGUGUUUUCCAUCAUCUCCACCAUUGGUCUGAAGGCACUGAACCAAGUUCCAUCAGUUUUCCCACAAGCCCUGCAGAAGAAAAGCACACCCAAUCAAAAAUAACCUAUCAAACACCAAACCAUUUAACUGAACAAUAAAACCAAAGGGGAAAUGGUGCUGUUAUUUAUAAGGCACCAGAGUUUAAUAGCACAGGUUAAACAACUCAUUGACACCUUGGAUUUUAUUGUUAUUAUACUUAAGUUCAGUCUGUCCUGAAUCUUCUAGAAAAUGUGUAGAGAUGAAGAUGACUUGCAUUCAGGGAAGCAAAAGGAAACAGGGAAUGAAUGUGUUUGUAUAUAGAACAUAAUAGAUGAGCAUAUUGAACACAUUAGCUCAAUUUCUGUUCUUUCUUUGUGCAGUAUCGUUUAUUAGCUUCUCUAUGGCAUUCUGCUUACAUUGUUUAGUUGUUAUUUCAAUUAUCAGAAUUAUUUAUUUGGCCUGGGAAGUGUGACAUUAACAGAGCAGCGUUAUUCUAUAAGAUUAGAUUCCAUGUAUUAUUUUAAUUUGAAGUUAAUUUAUUUUUUAUUUAUCAUAAAAGUAUAUUGAGAUGAUCGUGUGCUCCAAGUACAAAAUGUGACUAUUGGAGCUACAUGUUUCUGAGUUUAAGCCUAGGUCAGCGAUAUGAAUCUUGUGGGGAUGCUGCCAGUUGCAUCCCCUAGGAUCUAAGCAUACACGUCGGCAUUAUCAUUAUGUAAAAAUUGCAGUACUCAAGGUUUUCUAUCUCAGCUCUAAGUCAUGAACAGUAAUCAUGAGACCUGUCACUUUUUAUUUGUGUAUAUUGUAUUCAAAGCAGCUUUGAAUUGUUAGUAGCUAUGCUUUUAUUUCAUUGUGGUUUGUGCUCAGUUUAGGGUUAUAUUUGAAGCUUUGUCCCAUAAUGUUUCUAUAAGCUCAGAUAAAUAACCAAGCUUGAACUGGCUCUGGAACAAAACAUUGUAUCUUAAUACUUGUACUAAAAAGCACUAACCCGUUUUUUUCCUAAAUAAAUGCCAGCAGUAGAUUCUACUGUUACAGAAUCUGGCACCUGUGAGAUGACAGUUUCUGGAGAAUACAGCAGGAUUUUUAUGGGCAUGUCUACACAUGGGUGAAUAUACAGGGAAAUACAUAUCUGAAUUAUGUGAGUUCCAGUGCAUUGAUGUCCAACUUCGUCAACGCAGGUGUUAAUUUCAGGGCUCCCUUGCAUUUGUACUUUGCACCUUCGACAAAUGUUUGUAUGGGCAUGAGCCUUUGAAAUUGCAUUUACUCGUUCACAAAAUAGAGUGCAGUUUUGCCAUUUGUGCUUUUGAUCCCUUAUAUACAGAUAUGGGACCUGUAACCCAGAAUGCGCGAACCUGUGGUUUUUCCACAUAGAGGAUCUUUGUGUAAUGUCGAUCUUCAUACCUUAAAGGAGAAGGAAAGCUACGGAGGCAUUUUA